CCUUACAUAGAUCACUCGAUCUUUUUACGACACAGUUUCGAAAGCAAUUUAUUACCUAUACAAGUUAAAGACUAACUAAUUUCAUUAGUCCCGUUUGAAGGGAAUUGGCCCUAACCCUCGGCCCCCUUUAGCACGACGCGCUCGCUGCUGAGGGACAAGCAGCGCGACAAAGAUAUAAGGCUUUUUUCUCCCAUAGGUCUUAUCAUUUUUCUACGUCGCUCAGAUUAGUAUUUGUAUGGCCGGAAGUAUGCUAGAACCUUGGGAUGAAGUUAUCGCCCUUCAGAAGGAGCGCCAACUUUGCGUGGACGAUGUACAGGCCGUCAAGGCGUCUUGUAUAAAGGAUCACAGCAAGAAACAUCCGCUCGAGUGCCCAGAUUGCUGGACUCGUCUCCUCAACCGUAUUAGAGAUCGAUAUCUAAACUCUGCUUCUAAGGAAUGGUUUUCAGGUCGACGGCCAUUUCUACUCGAACUUGAUACCAUGUUUUCCAAGGCUCACGAUUCCGAGGUAGAUCUAAAGACCAUCGAGCGGCGCAUAUUGGACGAGAAGAAAGAUUGGUACAGAGAUAAAGUAAAAAAUCUGGGACUUCAACAUGCGACCAAAUCUCCAUCGGAGGAACGGGCUCUGCAGCAAAGAAUUGGUGACCGGAGUGUUCCUGUGGAUCAGCUUGCUUCGGAACUGAGGGGGGCUUUUAGUGACGGCGCUAUCCAGAACCAACAAGCGUUCAAUGGGUUUAUAGAUCGAUUGAGGCUUGCCAACUCUCCACAAGCACGGAAUGAGGCCUACAUUGACAUCUUCUUCCAACCCAGCCACGACACCUCCGGUGCCACAAAAUCCCAAAAAUAUAUUGAAAUGGUUAGAAACGGAACAUCGAUUGCCGACACGAUCAGUGCAAUGAUCCGUGAUCGACAUUUAGCCAAGGGGGAGCAGGAUCAGAAACAAGCACUUUAUAAGAAACUCGAGGAGCUUAAGAGAGCUAAGGCAGCUCAUGAGCUUGACAAGGCUCGAAGAGACAAGGCUCGGCAGGAUAGAGCUAGAGCAGCCGCGCCCCCUAACGACCAGCAUAGUCUCCCCCCGUGUUCAGUUUGCUCGAAAACCCCAGACACGCAAGAUUUUACCAUAUGCCCUCUAUGUCAAAUACUUGGCGAUUAUUACGAUCUUCCUAUCGAACCUACGUUAUUCUGCUCUCAAGAGUGUAAAGAUGAGCGCUACGACCUACAUGUUGGAGCAAGACAUGAAUGCACCUCUGGCCAAAAUUGUGUCCGUCUUCACGACGAAGAUGUGGAAAUGGACGAGGGUGGGACUAGUCUAGUAUUCUGUCGAGAAUGUGUAGAAACUCUCGGUAUUCCGUCCAUUUUUUGCUCAUCCCGCUGCUUUAACGAGAAUUUCCGGUAUCAUCGGAAUACUGUCCAUAUUCCAGAAUGGAACAGGACCGAACACAAGAUUGAUGACGAGGAUCAAUUGGAGUUUGUUGCGGAAGACAAAACAAAGUACCAUGCCAAAAAGAUUGAGGAGCACUUUGUCGCGUUCGAUGAUAUUAUGGUAGAAUGGCAGCGGAAGAUGAGCAUUGCAGUAAAAUAAAGAGCCCAAAAUUAUAGAUAUUAAUACUUCAUACAUCCCGCUAAGAUUCAUUUUAGGAGAGGACACAGAUUAAGAGAAGGG